GAAUGCGUUCACGCUGUCAUCGCCGGACACUGGGUCACCAGGGUCUUCUUGCACCUACAAUAUAUUUAACCUAAACGCCUCACUGUGUUCACCUUAACAAUUUCAGCCCAUCUCGACGAUACUGUUGUGUUCUAGACUGAGAUAAUUAUGAAUGAAAUUGUUUUCUUUCUUCUGUUAUUGUCGAUAACCAACGACAUUGCUGAGUCACGAAACAGUGUCAACACGACUGAUCAGAAAACGAUUUGUGCACAAAGAUCUGAUACACUUAAACUAUUGUAUGGACACGAUGGUGAACCUGGUGUGCCAGGAGCAAAGGGUGAGCAAGGCCCAAAAGGCUAUGCUGGAAUGGUAUUCUUUAAGGGUCCCCGCGGACCUCCUGGAGGAAGAGGUACACCGGGAUACAAUGGUAUGCAGGGAAUGAAAGGAGAUCCUGGUGAACCGGGAGUGCCAGGUGUUAACGGUAAGGACGGUUUGACUGGUGAAAAGGGUUCCAUUGGUUUCUCUGGUCCACUUGGACUUCAGGGGGACAGAGGAGCAAAGGGAGAUACAGGUCAAAAGGGUCAAAAAGGAAGUAAAGGAAAGGCCGGCGCUAAGAUGGAACAGGAAAUGGAGAUAUACACACUGAAUGGCUACUUCGUGUCUCAGAGUGGUUAUUACAACAAUCGCUAUCACGUUACAUCACGUGUUCUAACUGACGGAAGAUCAGACACCGGUGGUUGGGGCAGCGAGUCAGAAAAUGCUGGGAACUAUAUUCAAGCAACUUAUAUUCGCCCUGUUUACGUCACGUCAUUAACAGUAGCUGGAGGUUUCAUAUCAUCUUGGGGUCAUGAUGUGAAGCCAGAAUACGCGGACCUGGACUUGGAAUAUUCUUUCGAUGGCAAAAGUUGGUUAAAGGCACGAACUGUCCCUGCACCUGUGCAAAAUGCUGAGAUGAUCUUUUACGACUUGCCUCAGCCAGUCACUGCGAAGUAUUGGCGUCUCAGAUCAACUGAAAACAAAUGGGCCGGAACAACUGAAUUUUCUUUGAAACCUUUGAUUAGACAAUAAGUCUAAGUCGCCUUUAAGAAAUUAUAACACAAACAGCAAAUUUUUUUGUAAACUUUUCAAUUUAUUUUUCUUAAUUGUUUUUCUUGAUCCUUUCAAAUUACAUGCAAUUUUAUAUCUACUU